AUGCGGGUGCCCUGCGACUUCCUGGUUCGAGCUUUCAGGCGGGGUGCGCGGGGGGAGGGGGUGAAAGCGGUGGAUGUGCUGACUGUUCUGAGGGAGAAAGUGGCCUUUGUAUCAGGUGGAAGGGAUAAAAGGGGCGGCCCAAUUCUUACCUUCCCCUCACGGACCAAUCACGAUCGAGUGAAGCAGGAGGACCUGAGCAGGCUAGUCACCUACCUUUCCACCAUACCAAGUGAUGACGUUCGGGCCCGAGGGUUCACGGUGGUCGUUGACAUGCGCGGCUCAAAGUGGGAGAGCGUCAAGCCGUUGCUACGGACGCUACAGGAAGGGUUCCCUGCCCACAUUCACAUGGCCCUCAUCAUCAAACCUGACACUUUCUGGCAGAAACACAAGACCAACCUGGGCAGCGCCAAGCUCAGCUUUGAGACUAGUCUUGUGUCGGUGGAGGGGCUCUCCCGAUUGGUUGACCCAUCCCAGCUGACCUCUGACCUGGGCGGGUCUCUGGAGUAUGAUCAUGUGGAGUGGACUGAGCUGAGGCUGGGACUGGAGGAGUUCACAGGGGCUGCCGGACAGCUCCUAGCCCAGCUGGAGCAGCUGGAGGCUGGGCUGGCCCGUGAAGGCGAGCCCCUGGGUGUGGAUGAGGCCCGCAAGCUUCUUGAGGAGCACGGCCGACUACGAACUGCCGUAGCCACGGCGCCUGUCGACGCCAUCGACCGCGAAGGGCGGAGCUUGCUCCAGCGCAUGCGGCUUGGCCCCACCCACAGCUCCGACGCCCCGGGUGAGGCCCCCAGCAGUAACCACGGCUACGGCAGCUGGUUGUCGGGUGGAGCGGACUUCCAGAGCGUGGCGCCUAAGGUCGCCGCCCUACUGGAGAGGCUGCAGAGUGCCAGGACACAUCUUCAGCAGAGCUGGGCCGAACACAAGCAGCACCUGGACCAGGCCCUGCAGCUGCACCUGUACGAACAGGACGCAGCCAAGAUGUCAGAGUGGAUCUCCCACAGUAAGGAGUUGUUCCUGCAGAGCCAGACAGACGUCGGCCUGAACCACCAGCAUGCCCUCGACCUCCAGGCCCAGCAUCAGCACUUUACCAUGAACUGCAUGAACGGGAGUGUGAAUGUGGACAGCGUUGUCUCCGUGGCGACGCGGCUGAGCGAGACAGGACACUACGGGGCUGAGCGGAUCACCAGUGUGUCGUCGCGGUUACAGGAGGACUGGAAGGGACUGACCACAGUGCUGGAGGACCGCAGCAGCACGCUGAGCUUCUCCACAGGCUUCCACCAGGGAGCUGAGCAGUUCCUGUCUCGUCUGAAGGGCUGGUGUGAGGGUUGUCAUGACAGUCCGCUCCCAGCUGAGAUGCAGGAACUGGACACGUCCAUCCAGCAGCACCAGGAGCUCUACGAAGAGAUCUCUGCUGUCUACAAACAGGUCAGUGAGAGUGGGAAAGUUCUUCUCGACGUUUUACAACGCCCGGCAGAAUUGGAGGAGUCUUCGUUACCGACGGCACCUGUAGACUUCUCCGAAGCUGCUCACGGCAUCAUGGGAGUUCUGCAGGAGGUCAUGCAAGGUCACCAGUAUGUUGAGGGGGCGUGGCAGCGGCGCAAGCUUCGCCUACACCAGCGUCUGCAGCUGUGCGUUUUUCAACAAGAUGUCCGGCAGGUGGUGGACUGGGUGGAGCAGCAUGGGGAGGUGUUUCUGACUAAGCACACAGGCGUUGGCAAGUCUCUCCACCGAGCACGUGCGCUGCAGAAACGCCAUGACGACUUCCAGCAGGUGGCCCAGAACACUUACACCAAUGCGGAGAAGCUGCUGGAGGCUGCGGGGCAGCUGGCCCAGUCGGGGGAGUGCGAGGAGGGGGAGAUCUACUCUGCUGCGGGGGACCUGGAGCUUCGCAUGCAGGCCUUCAUCCAGCGCGUGGAGCAGCGCAAGCUGCUGCUGGACCUGGCCGUGUCCUUCUACACACACACCAAGGAGCUCUCGGCGUGGAUGGAGGGUCUGCAGAAGCAGAUGAUGGGCGAGGUGUGUGUGUGUCCAGAGUCGGUGGAGGCCCUUCAGGUCCUGAUCACCCAGCAGCAGCAGCAGCAGGCCAGCACCCAGGACGCCUCGCUCAGCGUCAUCAGGGAGGGCGAGGACCUCAUCCUGCAGCUCAGGCCCCAAGGCAGCUCGGUCUCCCAUGUGGAGACAGUGCUGCAGCAGUUGGAGGAGUCCCAGGCUCAGCUGGAGGAGCUGUUUCACCAGAGGAAGAUCAGACUGGAUGUUUACUUACAGCUACGCAUACUACAACAGUGCACUCUGGAGGUCACAGGGGAGAUGGAGGCAUGGAAACAGGACCUCCAGAAGCAAGCUCAGGACUUCACAGCCGAGAAGCUAACAGUAGCAGCGCCACGCGUUGGGGAUGCCAGCCAGGAGAAGCAAGGGUUGGCGCCGUCGCGGCUAGUGGAGGCUAACCCAGAAGGGCUAACGCUAGCACAGCAGCGCAUCCACAGACACAUGGAGCGACGGCUGGCCAUGAACAACAUGACCUAUGAGGUCAUCCAACAGGGACACGAUCUUCAGCAAUACAUCACUGAAGUCCAGGCCUCAGGUAUUGAGCUCACGGCUGAGGGAGACACUGAGCUGGCCUCCCAGGUAGAAGAGCUCCAGCAGCUUCUUCAGGAGAAGCAGAAAGAGCUGCACCAGAUAGCUGACCACACGCACACACACCUGGAGCAGAGCCUGCAGCUACGCCACCUCCAGACACAAGUCAAACAGGUGUUGGGCUGGAUUGGUGAGGGAGAAGUGAUGCUGUCCUCCUGCAUGAUCAACUCCAGCUCCUUAUCUGAAGCAGAGCAGCUGCAUAGAGAACACGAGCGCCUCCAGCAGGCCAUAGAGUCGCUGCUCCACGCCGACUCUCUCCAGAGGACCCACCAGGUGGCGCUGGCUCUGCAGCAGAGGGCGGAGCUCCUGGUGAGGGCGGGGCAUUACGACUCGGAGGCAGUGAGGGCGUGCGCCCAGACGGUGGCGCUGCACUGGCAGACCCUCAUGCUGCGCAUGGAGGACCGCCUCAAGCUGGUCAUGGCCUCCGCCGCCUUCUACCGCACCUCGCAGCAGGUGUGUGGUGUGUUGGAGAGCCUGGAACAGGAGUACCGGAGGGAUGAGGACUGGUGUGGCGGGGGCGAGAGGCAGGGCACCCGGGGACAGCCGGAGCACCUCAUCCCUCUCAUCAACAAACACAUGGAGCAGAAGGAGGCCUUCCUCAAGGCCUGUACUUUGGCGAGACGCAACGCCGAGGUCUUCCUCAAGUACAUCCACCGCAACAGCGUCACCAUGGCAACCAUCUCUGGCCACAGCGUCACCGCCUCUGGGGUGACGGGCAUUGCCGAAGUUACAGGGCACUCCCGUGUGCCAGAGCAGCAGGUCAAAGGUAUCCUCAGUGAGCUCCUGCAGAGGGAGAAUAGGGUGCUUCAUUUCUGGACCUUAAGGAAACGUCGCCUGGACCAAUGCCAGCAGUACCUGCUGUUCCAGAGCCACGCCCAGCAGGCUCUUGAUUGGCUGCAGCAGACAGGAGAGCACUACCUUUCCACUCACACGUCGCCAGGGGCAACCGGCGCAGAGACCCAGGAGCUGCUGGCACAACAUAGAGAGUUCUGUGUCUCUGCCAAGAACACUCAGGAGAAGGUGCACCUGUUGAUCCAGCUAGCAGAGAGCAUGCUGGGUAAAGGCCACUCCCACAGGACAGAGCUACGGAGGUGUGUCGCGGCCGUGGACAAGCGCUACCGCGAGUUCUCCCUGCGCAUGGGGCAGCACCGCAAUGCCCUGGAGACCGCUUUGGGGGGCUGCUCACAGGACAAUAAGGACCUGGAGCUGGAGCUGAUCCCAAACAGCCUGUCUGACUCGGACCCGGAAGUGAACCUCAAUGACCCCAACCACGAGCUCAGCGACGAGAAGAGGAGGACAGCGAGGAAGAAAGAGUACAUCAUGGCUGAGCUCCUUCAGACUGAGAGAGUGUAUGUGAGGGACCUGCAGGAGUGUAUUGAGACCUACCUCUGGAAGAUGACGAGUGGAUCGGAGGACAUCCCUGCGGGGAUCGCCAACAAGGACGACAUUGUGUUUGGAAACAUCCAGGACAUCUACGAGUUUCAUAACAGUAUAUUUCUUAAGGAGCUGGAAAACUAUGAGCAGCUUCCCGAAGAUGUGGGACACUGUUUUGUCACCUGGGCUGAUAAGUUCCAGAUGUACGUGACGUACUGCAGAAACAAGCCUGACUCCAGCCUGCUCAUACAACAACAUGGAGCUGGCUUCUUCGAGGAGGUCCAGAGGAGGCAUGGUCUGGCUAACUCCAUCUCCUCAGCCCUCAUCAAGCCUGUUCAGCGCAUCACCAAGUAUCAGCUCCUGCUCAAGGAGUUGCUAGCGUGUUGUGAGGAAGGUAAAGGUGAGAUCAAGGAGGGUCUGGAUGUCAUGCUGAGUGUUCCCAAGCGUGCCAACGACGCCAUGCAUGUCAGCAUGCUGGAGGGUCUGGAGGAGGGCUUGGAGGUGCAGGGAGAGCUGCUGCUCCAGGAUAACUUCCAGGUGUGGGAUCCCAAGUCUCUGAUCCGGAAGGGGCGGGAACGCCACCUGUUCCUGUUUGAGCUGUCGCUGGUCUUCAGCAAGGAGAUGAAGGACUCCACAGGACGCACCAAGUACCUGUACAAGAGCAGGCUAAGGACCUCUGAGUUGGGGGUGACAGAGCACAUCGAGGGCGACCCCUGUAAGUUUGCCCUGUGGGUUGGUCGGACCCCCACCUCAGACAACAAGACCGUCCUCAAGGCUGCCUCUCUGGAGCUCAAGCAGGAGUGGGUGAGGAACGUGCGACAGGUGAUACAGGAGAGGCGGGGCCACCUGAGGGGGGCUCUGAGGGAGCCUAUCCCCCUCCCCAAGACCCCCGCCCCCACACUAGCACGCCAGCGCAGCAUCAACAGGAGGGACGCUAGCGAGGAUGCAGACAGCCUGGGUGAUGCCAGCAGCCAGCCAGACACGGUCUCCAUCGCUUCCCGCACCUCCCAGAACACUGCUGAUAGUGACAAGCUGUCUGGUGGCUGUGAGCUGACCGUGGUUCUGCUGGACUUCGUGGCGGGCGGUCCCGGGGAGCUGAGCGUGCGCUGUGGGCAGACGGUUGAGCUUGUGGAACGUUCCGCCGAGCGGCCCGGCUGGUGUCUGGUCCGGACCACUGACCACACCCCCUCUCAGGAGGGCCUGCUGCCCAUGAGCGCCCUCUGCCUGUCGCACUCGCACAGCGCAGACAUGGACGGCCUGGUUCCCACCGCUACCACCGCCAAAGGUCGGCACGCGCACACACACACACACACAUACAGUAAGAGGAUUACGUUCAAAACAACAAACUCCUGCUCUCACUCUCAAAGCAUAACACAAACCAAUUCGAUGGGGUCAGGUGACAGCAGAUUGGACUCGGCCGCAACCCUCCAAUCUUCCCUGGGCUCCAGCAGCACGGUGGUGACCUCCCCCAUGGGAGGAGUGGGUCCUCCCGGGGUCAACGUUGGUUCCCCGGGACCCAAACGGAGCGGCUCCGGUACGGGUAACACGCUGAAGCGCUGGCUGACCAGUCCGGUGAGGAGGCUGAGCCAGGGCAAAGCCGACAGCCAGGGGAAGAAACCUCCACUCCGCACACGGAGGAGGGAGAACCGUCCAGAGCUGGCCACGCCACUGACGGCCAACACACACGUGGGUGGGAAGAGGGAGGAGUCGGUCCAGAGUGGUGGAGAGGAGGAGCCAGAGGAGGACCCCCACACUCCCCUCCCCCCUCCCAUGGAGAUCAUCAAGGACCCCAACAACCCUGAAGGACUGGAUUCAGACCAGGGGUCAAAUGAGUCAGACACAGAGCAGAAAAACAAGGCGAUGAGGGGCCGCAUGUUUGUCGUAAAUGAAAUGGUACAGUCAGAGAAGGAUUAUGUAAAGGACCUCGGUGUCAUAGUAGAGGGCUUCAUGUCCAGGCUGGAGGUGAGGGGAGUUCCUGAGGACAUGAGGGGGAAAGAUAAGAUCGUGUUUGGGAACAUCCAUCAAAUCUACGAUUGGCACCGAGAUUUUUUCCUGGUGGAGCUAGAGAAAUGUGUAGAGGACCAUGAUCUGCUGGCAGAACUCUUCAUUAAACACGAGAGGCGGUUGCACAUGUAUGUGGUUUACUGUCAGAACAAGCCACGGUCAGAGUUCAUUGUGGUUGAGUAUGAGUCCUUCUUUGAGGAGAUACAACGUGAGAUCAGCUGUAGGAUGUCUGUCAGUGACUACCUAAUCAAGCCCGUUCAGAGGAUCACCAAGUAUCAACUUCUGCUCAAGGACUUCCUCAAGUACAGCUCCAAAGCAGGAUCGGACUGUGAGGAAAUUGAGAAAGCCAUGGAACUGAUGUCCCUGGUGCCCAAACGCUGUAAUGACAUGAUGAACCUGGGUCGCCUACAGGAUUACGAGGGCAAGCUGACGAGCCAAGGCAAGCUGCUGCAGCAGGAGACCUUCUGCGUGUGGGAGCAGGACGGAGGGGUCCUCUCCCGCAGCAAGGAGAGGCGGGUCUUCCUGUUCGAGCAGAUCAUCAUCUUCAGCGAGUUCAUCCGCAAAGGCUCCUCCACACCCGGCUACCAGUACAAGAAGAGCAUUAAGGUGAGCUACCUGGCCAUGCAGGAGAGCGUGGAGGGAGACCCCUGCAAGUUUGUGCUGUGGUCCUGGGGCUCUGCCGAGCGCUUCACUCUGCAGGCUGCCAGCCCCGCCAUCAAACAGCUGUGGACGGCCCACAUCACCGAACUACUGGACACACAGAGCAACUUCCUCUCUGCUUUGCAGUCUCCCAUUGAAUAUCAGAGGAAGGAGGGUGGGGGCACACACACGGUGUCCCGCCCCCUGUCUGGCUGCGGGAUCAAAACAUCAGGCCGCCCCCCCUCCGUGCCCCCCACCCCGAACGGACACAACACACACAAUCAGCAGGAGAGCGAGGCACAGGAGGACGAGGAGCUGGUGCUGGUGAGCCAGGACUUCACAGCAGUACGGGAAGAUGAGAUCACCGUGCUUCGCGGAGAGAAAGUGCAGAUUUUAGCGUCCAACCAGCACGGCCAGUGUCUGGUCUACCGACCUGCCAACUCUGAGUCCCCCCCAGCUGAAGGCUGGGUGCCUCGCACUGUCCUCCACAACCAAUGACAACAACAACAUCAACCAUGACUACCACUACACACGCCUCACCAAUCCUCUCAACAGCACUAGUUUGUUUUAAUACUAGUUAAACCCAAUAACACUAGUGAAACCCAUACAGCUUCAAACCAACUAGGGAGCAACUAGUUAGUUAUAUCAGAUAUGCAAACCCAACUUGCUGCAACGACAAACUUGUCUUGAAAAACGGCUAGUUAAACACAGGGUACAUCUUUCCCAACCAGGUCAACCAGUCAGUCUCAUAUGCACAGCUUAUAAUAACUUAAACUGGUCUCUCAUUCUCAGUGACGACUAGGGGAUCCAUUACAACCAGUAACGUGCUCUUAGUCCAAGACUAGUAACAGGUGCUACACCAGUCAACCAAUGAGGCCACAGAUCGGAAGAGGCCUGAUGGUGGAGGCUGUCCAGGUUGACAUCUGGAGUGGAAACAGACUGCUACUGGAGGAGAAGGGAGGAUAAUGUCAUCCCACGACCAGAGGAGCAGUUGCUCAUUGGUCAAAAAAGACGUAUGGGUUGGGCACGUGACUGUACGGCCAAAUAAGGCUGGAUAGCUUCUGUUUUUAGGGAUGCUAGCAGUAAGCUAGUAGCAGCUGGAGAGGGUGUGAGAAAACGGGAUGUCAACAGGUUAUGUUUACAACAUUACAGUGUAUCAGGGGCUAGGAUUACUUGGACUGUCCCUUACCCCACCCACACCUCCAACCCUGGGUUCCCCUGUGCCAGGUGGGCGAGGUGACAUCAUUCUUUUGUUGAUAUAUGUAAAAAGAAGAAGAAGAAAAAAGAGAAAGUCUCACGACAUAGAGGUCUGAGCACAUUAAGCAAAAUAAAGAGUUCUUAUAUGAUUACUAUAUUCUGUUUUUCACCUAAAUAGGAAACAGAAAAGUAUUGUCCUGUUAAUGUCCGUGUGUGCGAGUGUGUGUGCGAGUGUGUGUGUGUUAGUGAUCCUUGAGGGUUCUUCAUAGGGCUCCCAUGUUCUCUGUGUUUUUUCACUGACAGAAAGCUGUUUCCUGUUCUGACCUGUGUCCUUUUGAUGUUGUUUCCUGUGUAGAGUUGCUGUUAUGAAGAGUUGUGCAGUGCGAAGGACACUCCGAAUGUGCAUCCUUGUACUUUUAAUGUAAUCCAGAGUUUAAAGCGUAAUAUUAUGCAUUCUUUUGAACAUGUAAAUAAUAUUUUACAACUAUGUAUAUGAUUCAGCAGAAGAAACAUGAAAGUUAUCUCAUCUUAUCUAAACCUCUUACUGAUCAUUGAUAAACCUCAUUUCACCAUAUUGGAUUGAAAGGUUGAACCGGUGAACAGUUGAGCUUUCAAUUCUUCUCUUUCUAGAAGUUGCCUAGAGACCCAGUUUAAGGAUAAUCUAACUAUCCCCUAACCCCUACUCCUAACCUUAAAGAAAGUAGAUGGGUCAAAAAAAAAUUACAACUGUGACUCUUCUAUGUCUCUGGGCAUCAAUGUUUGGUUUGAACCUGGGACUGCACUAGCAGCACUCUUGCUAUCCCUUCAUGGAACUUCUUCAGUUAUACUUUUUGUGCCAUUACAACCAAAUCAAACCCUACUCCCCAUACACACUAACAAACUUAGUGCACUUUAUGGAGCAUAGUGUUUGAUUUGGGACAUAGCCUCUUCUAUCAUACAGGAUCAACAUUGAUUUGUAUAUAAGAAAUGGCUUCUAUCUCACCUCUAAGUUAUGUAUUGUGGUUUGUAAUAAAGACCAUUUUUCAUCUCUGAUGAAGGCUCAUGUUUGUGUUUUGA